AAAAUAGGAAAGACAAUGAAGUUAUUUCAAGCUUACUAUUUACUUAUCUUCAUGUCAUUAACAGUAGUAGUGACAUCCAAAGAAGUUCCCCAUUACGCCAAGCAGGGGUGCAAUGAUAUGUGUGGUAACGUUACGAUUCCAUACCCUUUUGGAAUCGGAAUAAACUGUGCUAUCAACGAAUGGUAUGUCGUGGAUUGCAACUCCUCGACACCAUAUCUGUCUGCAGUCAAAAACUAUGAAAUUAUAAGAGUUAGCUUGAUAAAUCAAACAAUCACAAUUAAUACACCAAAACCAACAUUUUCCGACUGCCAAAAUCCAGUUAUGAACAUCAGUCAGAAGAUCAACAUUAUCGAUCUCAGUAGGAGCCCGUUCCUGCUUUCCAGACGGCACAAUAUAUUUGUUUCUGAGGGGUGUGGUAAUGCUGUCAUGAUGGAUCAUGAGAAUACUGUGCUAACCGGGUGUUCCACAACUUGUUUUAAUAAUACUACUUUUGAUGACGGCAACAACUGCAUUGGUGUCAGUUGUUGCCGUGCUACAGUUCCCAGUUAUCUCAAGUCCUACACCAUUGGUAUCACCGGCUUGGGCGGUAAUACGGCUUGUGGGACUGCCUUUGUGAUGGAUACAAGCUCAUACAUUAAUCGGAGCAUUUCAAACAGCCGAUCUGUUGCUAGUGAAGACAAUUUUGUUCCAAUAUCACUUUUGUGGACUCUAUCAGUGCAUGACAAUGAUCAAGUCACUUGCUGCCCUUCCAAUAAUAAGGAUAAACUCAUAGUCCGUCUUGAUAAUCAUACUAUAGUAGAUAGCUGGAGAUGCAUGCAUUAUUCAUCAUACGAAGGAAAUGUUUAUCUAGAAGAUGGAUGCUAUGCUGUGCCCGAGACUACGGAUACGGAGAAUGAGUGCUCAAAAUGCAGGGAGAGUGGAGGUUCUUGUAAUUAUGACUCGAACGAGACGAUAUAUGACAUUGAUGGUUUUGUUUACGAACAGAACUCUACUUGUAGCUAUGAUAAACCACGGAAAUCACCUUUGGGUGUCAUUCUAGGUGUUAGCUUAAGCAUUGGUGUACUUUUUCUUGUGGCAAUCAGCUAUGCAUUGUACAAAUUGAUCAGGAAAAUAAAAGACAAGAGACAACGAAAGAAGUUUUUUAAACGCAAUGGUGGUAUAUUAUUAAAACAACAAGCACAAGCUCACCCAUCUUUGAUCGAUAAAACCAUACUUUUCACAUCUCAUGAGUUGGAGAAGGCAACCGACAACUUCAAUGAGAACAGGAUACUUGGCCGAGGAGGCCAAGGUACAGUGUAUAAGGGGAUGUUAGCUGAUGGAAGGAUUGUGGCGGUUAAGAAAUCAAAAAUAGUAGAUGAAAGCCAACUACAACAGUUCAUUAAUGAGGUGGUCAUUCUUUCCCAAGUCAAUCACAGGAAUGUCGUCAGAUUAUUGGGAUGUUGCUUAGAGACCGAAGUUCCUCUGUUAGUGUCAGAAUUCAUUUCAAAUGGUACGUUAUAUGAUGCUCUUCACAAUGAUACUAAUGAGUUCCCAAUUUCUUUAAGUAUGAGAUUACAAAUAGCCACCGAGGUUGCAGGAGCAUUUGCUUACUUACAUUCAGCAACUUCCAUUCCUAUAUAUCAUAGGGACAUCAAAACCACCAAUAUACUUUUGGAUUAUAAAUUCAGGGCCAAAGUGUCCGACUUUGGAACUUCAAGGUUGGUAUCAAUCGACCAAACUCACUUGACUACCUUGGUCAAAGGUACUUUCGGUUACCUUGAUCCUGAAUACUUCCAAUCUAGUCAAUUUACUGAGAAAAGUGACGUAUAUAGUUUUGGAGUUGUUUUGGUUGAAUUGAUAACGGGAGAAAGGCCAAUUUCAUUAACUAGAUUUGGAGAUCAUAGAAGUCUAGCUACACACUUUACGUUGGCUAUGGAAGAAGGGCGUGUUAUGUCUAUAUUUGAUGGAAAGAUGAUUAAAGAGGCUACCAGGGAUGAGCUUCGUUUAAUAGCUAAUCUUGCAAUGCGAUGCUUAAAUCUGAAUGGAAAGAAUAGGCCAACGAUGAAAGAAGUAGCUGUAGAGUUAGAAACUAUACGAACAUCACAUAUUCCAUCUAUGGUUCAAAAAAAUAUAUUACCUGUGAUUUAUGGGGAGGAUCUAUUCAUGCCAUCUUAUGAUGAAUCAACAUCAACUUGCUUGAGUUUUGACACUAGUCAAUGAUCCAAAAGGCUUACACACUUUUAUGUCUUCAUAUAGUAAAAAUAGUAUGUAACCGAUGUUUAUGUUAGCAUAUAUAAAUCCUUCGAUUUAGAUGGAUAAAUUCAUUGUUAACGCAA